AUGUUUCCAUCUUUAGUGAAGAAAAUGACUAAAAAAAAGCAGUUUGAUGACACUAAUAUUUCUCAGAGUAGUCUAGCAAGAGUACUUACACUUUUUGAUCUCAUUGCACUGGGUGCUGGCAGCACACUUGGCCUUGGUGCAUAUGUCGUGUCUGGAUCUGUGUCAAGAAAUGAAGCUGGUCCAGCGAUAGCAAUCUCAUUUUUCAUUGCAGCUGUAGCAUCAUUGUUGGCAGGUUUGUGUUAUGCCGAGUUUGCAGCUCGAGUUCCUCGUGCAGGAUCUGCUUACAUUUACAGUUAUGUUACUGUAGGUGAAUUUAUAGCCUUUCUCAUAGGUUGGAAUCUCAUUCUGGAAUAUGUGAUAGGUGCAGCUAGUGUAGCCAGAGGUCUCACUGGAUAUAUUGACUCAUUAGUAAAUAAUUCUAUUUCAAAUGCUUGCAGGCAAGCAAUGCCAAUUAAUAUUGACUUUUUAUCUGAUUAUCCAGAUUUUUUGGCAUUUGGACUAACUUUUCUCCUCACAGUUCUUCUGGCGUUUGGUGUGAAGGAGUCAUCAAUCAUUAGCAACAUAAUGGGUGUAGCUAAUAUUGGUGUUUUAACUUUUGCCAUCAUUGCCGGUGCAUUGAAAGGUAACAUAGAUAACUGGCAAAUACAAAAGAAUGAAAUACCUGACAGUUAUAAUGGUGGUGAAGGUGGAUAUGUACCAUUUGGAAUUGCUGGAAUUAUCAAAGGAGCAGCAACUUGUUUUUACGCUUUUGUUGGCUUUGAUGCUGUAGCUACAACAGGAGAGGAAGCUCUAAAUCCGAAGCGAAACAUUCCUUUGUCUAUUAUAAUCUCGCUGUUUAUUGUCUUUUGCUACUACUUUGGAAUUUCAUCAGUGCUUACCCUCAUGCUUCCAUACUACCAACAGGAUACGAGUGCCCCACUAUCAUAUGCAUUUCAAGAGGUUGGUUGGGACUGGGCAGCAUGGAUCGUAAGUGUGGGAGCAAUAUUUGGUCUUGGAGCAAGCUUCCUUGGAGCAAUGUUUCCACUUCCACGGAUAAUCUAUGCUAUGUCUGAAGACCGUUUGCUUUUUCCAUUCUUGGGAAAGGUACAUCACAGAUUUAAAACUCCUUUCAUUGGAACCAUUUGUGCUGGAAUUAUCACUGCUUUUAUGGCACUCAUCUUCAAUGUGGAUCAGCUAGUUAGCAUGCUAUCAAUAGGAACAUUGACAGCAUAUUCUAUGGUCUCUGCAUGUGUGCUACUGUUAAGCUUUACAGAAGCUUUCCUGCGAAUGGUCACAUUUUGCCAAACAGUUGGUCACUGGUGUUGCAUGUUCAUAGAAGGAAGGCAGAGUGUGAGGGAUGAAGAUCGAAACCACACUCUUGGGAUGUCAAUUCAAAUCAGUGCUGAGGUGGAGCAGGCUCUACACCAGGCCCCUGAGGAGAAGCGAAGCUUCGUCAGCAUCCACUGGGCUCAGCGUCAUCUAGGAAUCUUGAAGGAAAAUGUACAUGAUGACCAGACCGUAUCUAGCAUAGAGGCUGUGGCACUGGAGAGAUGGGAGGCAGCCAACUAUGUUUAG